CAUGAAUAUACUGUACAUAUAGGAUUAUAAUGAGAUAGUCUAAUAAUAACAAGGAUGUGGGAUGAUAGAAAUACACAAUGUUAAAUAGGAAUUAUAUAUAUAGCCUAAUAGGGUGACAUGUAUUGCAGUAAGUAGUGUUAUAGUUCUGUUUUCCAGCUGUUUAUUUCUCCUCUCUCUGCUCUGAUCCACAACAAACCAGCAGGGAAUCAGGUGUAAAUGGAAAUCAGAGUCACAGUGUGAAUACAGUCUAUCUACUCUAAACACUUUUAAGGCCUUUAAACUGUAGUACAGAUGGGAAAAUAGCACUAUAUUGUGGUCAUGUAAUGGCUGUUUGAAAUACACCUUAGGUCCUCCUGGAUUAUUGCCUGCAGGGGAUGUUCACACCCUUUUGUCAAACAGAUAUGUGGAAAGUGAGGACACCUGCUGGACGUUGCCUGCUAUUACAGCACAGAUGGCUCAACACGCCCUGACAGAUUUACCUCAAUUUGAUAUAAUUCAUACAUUUAAUCUGGCAUCAGAGGCUCAUACACCUGCCUCAAAUCAAGAGAUGCAUUAUAAGAGAGAAAACAGCCUUCAAAGUGCUCAUCUGGCUGUUCAUGUCAGGUCCUUCCCAUCCUCAUAGUCUGAGUCCGCCCUCCUCCUCUCAGCUCCUGUCCGAGGAGUCCAGCAGCAGCAGCAGCAGCAGCAGACCGGUGGAGGAGGUAAAAACUUUUCUUUCACCUUGUGUAUUUUUCUUUAACCGACACAGCAAGACGGAAGUUACAGUUUGAGACGAGCCUGCAGGUGUCCUGUGAGUGUUCAGUGACAGAACCAGCCGGUGGUUGCUCCCCACUGCCAAGCGUUUCCACACCUGCCCGCUGAGAGAAGCAGGAGGAGACACCAUGAUUGACCUGAGCCAUCUAACGGAGGAGGAGCAGGGGGUGAUAAUGACGGUGCUGAGGAGGGACGCCGAGCUGAAGAAGGCCGAGGAGGAGAGAAUCAGGAAACUAGAGACGGUCCUGAACAAUGACUCACAGUCAGACAGCAAGCUGAAGUACCUGACUGGAGAGUGGUUUUAUGAGGCCAAGUCUCGCAGACACAUGGACAAGAUCCACGGCUCGGAAAUCAUCCUGGCCUCCAUGAAACAGAGGAAAGCCGGUGGUUUAGACGGAUCUCUUAGAAUUGAAAGAUCCAAGACACCCAGCAGUCGAGGUUCAGACACCGUCCCUCCACCGAAACCUGCCAGAUGUUUGGAGGCAAUACAGCCACAGGAGAUGAUUGAUGCAGAGAAAGAGAAUCUGAAUUCAACAGUCCGCUCUCCAAGAACGCCAAGGCACAACCCGUUCAACCGAGCUUCCCUUAUUGUUGUUGAGCCAACUGAAAAUACAGAGGGGUUGUCAAAGAGACGAGACCAGGAGUCGUCUGAGACAGAGCCCAUAUCUCCCUUGAAGCAUCACCCAGCAAGUGGGACCAGUCAGACUUCAGGUGGCUCCAUCACAUCAGAGGGCUCCUCUGUAGGUUUCAGGCCUGUGCCCAAGAAGAGGACAUUUCUGUCAAGACGUGCCGGCAGCCAGACAGAAAGCAAUGGCUCAGACUCUCAGGUAGGGUCAGUGGGGAUCGUCCCUGCCCCAAGACGGAGUCUCCAGCGGGGAUCUAGUGGAAGCUCGAAUCAGUCCUACCUGAAGGGCCAAGAUGAAGUGCCUCAGAAAACCGUGGCUGCAGUUUCUAAUCAAGUUCCUCAGCCUGCUCAGCCAUCCGGCUCUGCAGAUGAAAACCCCCAGCAGCCACAGAUUUUGUUUAAUUCCAGUCUGGAGAAGGACAGAAACCUACCUUCUAUAACCAGAGACAGGGCAGUGGAAAAUACAGCCUACAACUCUUACCCAACAUCUCCAAUUAAACUCACUCAUCCUUCUACUGCUACUGCUACUCACGACUUGUGCAGUUUCAGACCAGUCACAUACACCAGAGGCGACGCGUCAGUCGACAGAGAAAUCCCACAGAAGAGCGAAGACAGAGAUGAGCAGACCCAAAGAGAACACAUCGCUGGGAACACUGUCACCCUACCCACCGUCAUCAUCCAGGAUUCAGACAGAGACAUCAGCAGCAGUGUGGGAACAGCAAUGAGGCAGGAGGAGCUGAGUUUGACCCAUAGCACUGUGGAUCCGCCAGUAUCUUACAAUCUCAACUUCAUUGAAAAGUCUGAUCAAGAAACACAGCAGAAAUCAAAUCAGAAACACGUGUUCAAAUUAUCCACUCAGACGUCCAGCCCCGCCGGUGACGAGGAGGAUUCCAUUGCGAAGGUGCUGGACUGGUUCAGCCGCAGCACAGGCAGCAGUGAUUGGCUAAAUGCAGAAAACAGACCCGAGGCCACAAAGAGCUCUGACAGACAUCAAGUAGAAACCAACACAUUAAGAUGUGAAGAUUCAUUAAGAAAAGGUGCAGGGGAUAUUAUAAAUGAUAGAAAGAAGGAAACACUAGAAACAAAGAGAAGUCUCUUACAAAGACAGACUCAAGAGUUAAAAGCGACCGACAAAACAGGAAACAAGGAGCCGACAGAAACGCAAGUAGAAGUGAAGAAAGAUACCAGAGACAGAAUGCGGUCACAGGAAGUGAAAGAUAAUGACGAUGAAAGUGAACCGCCCAAAAUCUCUCAUCUGAAGUCAUUCUGGGAGAAAAGCAACGCGGGCCCUAAAAUACUUAUCAGUAAAUCAAACACGCCCGUCGACAAAGGACAGAAAGCUGUUCAGCUCUCAGCAGUGAAAGACGAGGAGAAAGUGAAUAAACCGAACAGAGUGACUGAUAUGCCCUCUGCUCCUGGAAUAUACAAUGGGAAGGGAAUCUAUGAUAAGCACACCUCAAAUGAUGGGGAUGAAAGAGGAGAACAGCUGUUAGUCAGUCUACAGAAAGAUAUCGGAGACAGUGAACGUGUUAACAUUAAUAUUAACCAGCACUUAGACAGUGUCCACAUGGGGAAACAACAGAUUCCUGUAAGUCAAAGAAGCAAUAAUGACCAAACAUUAAACACAGAUUAUUUAAAGGUAGCAGCCAGUCCCCAAGUAGCUGACAGAAGAGGUUCAGACACUGAGAUCUUAUGUGUAACCAGACUCAGCCCACAGCGACAGGUACCCCCCCAGUCCAGACUGAGUCCAGAGUCUGAGAGCAUCUCUGCAAUCAAACCAAAUCCACAACCUGACAGUAUUUUCCAGUCUAGAGAAACCUCACUGCAAGAAGAGCUGUCAAAGUCUAUUCCUGUGUCUCAGCUGGAUACAGAUCUCCAAACAAGGGAUGGUCCAGACUCCGAGAAGCUGUCCAGAAACAGCCCAAAUGUGGACUACAAGCAAGACGGGAACGAUAUACAAAUCACCCCCAAAAUAGACACACGCAGAGGUUCAAGUGAAGACUUUAGGAUGAGGGAAAGUAAGGAUAAAAGCAUGCAAUCAAGCAUGUCUCCUAAAAGAAAGGAAGAUGCAUCUAAUAAAGACAGAACUAACAGUCCUCAUUCACAUAGACAGGGCCUUGCUCAUCAGGAAAGCACUGCAGAGAGGAUAAAGCAGCUCAAAUCUUUCUGGGAGCAGGAGAGGAAUAAACCAAUGUUUUAUACCGGCAAAUCGAAAGCUCUUGGGGAUGGUAAAGUCGGUCGUGCUGCCAACCAAGCAAAACUGAAUAAAAGAUUUACAAAGUCAGAGUAUGACCUAAGGUCGAUUGGAAACGAUUCAGGCAGUGAUGGAGAAGACUCUGAUAGAAAUCACCCAAAUUUUUCUACUCUUCCUUUGAAUCAGAGAAUAGAAAAGUCGUCCCCGAGCCUCGGCACGAGCCGAAGACAAUUUAACAAUCUGCGUGAGUUCUGGGACGAGGCCACGUCAGAUUCCAAGGGAUCAUUAUCCUUUGACAAACCCAAAAGCCCCAAAAGGAAAGAGCCACUAGGUGCCCAGCAUCCACCUCAGGAGUUAAAGUGUGGCGACCCUGAGCUUUACCGCUUAUCCCCAGCAAAAUCAAGAGCAGCCAAUGACAGCAAAAACAACGUGUCUAAUUAUAUGACAGCUGAGUCGGGCCAGCAGAGAGAAUCCAAACGGACCUCAAAAGACUCUAACAGAGAGGAGAAAGCCACGAAACCACAAAGCAAUCUGGGAAAAGAGAGUCGCUCUCCCAAGAGUAAAAGAGACAACGUUAGCAAUUCGAGCAGUCGUGUAAAUUCUUUGCGUCGCGCCACUAGCAUGUUUGCUCUCAGUGAUCCCGAAGAAAAAGAUCAGGGGCUUCUCAAAAUGGAUGUAAGCCCUGUCCACUCGCAGAGCAGAAGGCAGAGCACAGACCGGACUCAGAACAGGAGGCAGAACACAGAUAAAGGCGCCUCACCGAGGAGAACAUUCGAGGAUAGUGAAACCCUGAUUCCACGUGCACGGGCAUUUGUUCCCAGAGACUACCGGCAUUACCUGGGGAUGACAGACAAGACGAGUGUCCACACCUCCCUCGCCCCGGCUGUGAAGGACGAGGGGUCAGAGGGUAAAAUCGGAUAUGAAUUUGACCUGGGGGGGCCAGUGAGGGCCAGCACCCCGGUGAGCUCAGAGGAGCGUUACAGCAGGAGGAGCAGCAAGACGAGUCAGCGCCCCUUGUGGGCAAACUACAGCAGUUCAGACACAGGUCAGGAGUCGUCUAUGAGCAGCACCUCAGAAACCUGGUCCAUCUCGAGGAACGGCUCAAACCGUGAGAAUGAUGAUGAUAACCAAAACCCUGUAAGGAAAGCGUUGCGGCGAGCAGAAGCACGCCCUAAAACUCUGGCUAAAAGUAUGGAGGACAUCACAGCAUCCUUACCACCACGACAAGAAAGAAGACAGGAUCCAACUGUUGAGAUGAGGCGCAUUAGUGAUGUUUCGUCCAUCCCGUCGCCCUCCUCAUCCUUAUUUUCGGAUCCAGAGCACCUGAAGAAGAUGAGCAAAUCAGUUCCUUCGUUUUUACAGAAGGAGGAUGACGGCAGAGAUACUGACUCCACCUACGAGGACAGUGACCACCGAGGAAGCCUAACGAUGGGCAGAUCUAUGUCUAACCUCACCAACUCCUCUGGCAUGGCGUCUGUGUCUUCUCUGAGCGGAAGUGUGAUGACCAUGUACAGUGGGGACUUUGGGAAUGUGGAGGUUCAGGGAAACAUCCAGUUCUCCAUCAACUAUGUGCAGCGGCUCAGAGAGUUCCACAUCUUUGUGGCUGAGUGCCGAGACUUGGCUGCAGUCGACCCAAAGAGGGGCCGCUCGGAUCCGUAUGUGAAAAGCUACCUGGUUCCUGACAAAGCUAACCUCGGAAAAAGGAAAACAUCUGUAAAAAAAAAGACAUUGAAUCCAACUUUCAACGAGAUCCUCAGAUAUCGUGUUCGCAUGGAGUACCUCAGAACCCAGACGCUCAUUCUUUCCGUUUGGCAUAACGACACCUUUGGCAGGAACAGUUUCCUGGGCGAGGUAGACGUGGACCUCUCCAAGUGGGACUUUGACCACACCCAGAUGAACUACUUAGCCCUGAAAGCCAGGACAACACCCACUUUAGCGCCCUCAAAUGGGCGAGGAGAGAUGAGAUUAGCCAUACGUUUCCUGCCGCAGAUCAUCCACAGUGAAGGAUUAACCAAGGAGGGUCCGAGCACUGGAGAGGUCCACAUUUGGGUGAAAGAAUGCAAGAACCUGCCUCUAAUCAGGGCCACCAUUGACCCAUAUGUUAAGUGCUUUGUGCUGCCGGACACGAGCAGGAAGAGUCGUCAGAAGACACGUGUGCUGAGGAGGAUGGUGGAUCCAGUGUUUAACCACACAAUGGUGUAUGAUGGUAUCAGAGAGGCUGAUCUAAAUGAAGUCUGCGUAGAGCUCACAGUGUGGGAUCGAGACAGGCUAGCCAGCAACCUGCUUGGGGGCCUGAGGCUUGGAGCUGGAAUAGGCAAAAGUUACGGUGCGCUGGUGGACUGGAUGGACUCUACUCCCUAUGAGGUGGCGCUAUGGGAUCGCAUGAUAGCUUCUCCAAAUGAAUGGGUGGAGGACGUGCUCCCACUAAGAAUGCUGAACUCUGCCAAAACUGCUUUCAAAUAAGUAUAAGUAUACCACACUGGGAUACAUACUGCAAAUAUAAUAUAUUCUUAAGAGGUAAAAACAUAAUACAUGUUAUAAAGGUGAUUUAAAUUCAGUCCAAAAAAGCUUUGUAAGGAUUUUAAUAGUCUCAUAAAAAAUAAAGUAAAGUCACUGGAGUGAAAAAUUGGAAUUAACCAUGUUGCCGUAGUUUUACAGCAGCCUGUGGUGCCACCUAACAAAGCAAUUUCAUAAAAAAUGGUGGCUUUGUGAACACUUCAGGGUCUCUGUUGAAACUCCACAGGAAAGAACAAGGGGAAAUAAAAUUAGAAAACCAAAUGGUGGAAACAAAAAACUCUGGAGAGUGAGCUGAAAAAUAACUCAAAUAAAUUCUGAUCCUGGAACAACUGAGUACUGAAAGUCUUUAUGCAGGAGGAUAGGAAGAAAUUAAAGACACUUAAUGGAA